AUAGGUAAAGCGGCUAGCUCCAUACAUAUUAUUCUUUCCCACUCAGCCGGUGAAAGCCUAUUGGCCACCAACUCCGCGUUGCAGUUAUAUAGGGCCAUAUUUCCUCGCGUCGCUGCGUCAGUUCUCAUAGUGGAAGCGAUCGACACCAUCCAUACUUUCUCAAAGCUUGCUUUCGAAACACUUGAUCAACACUACUGAUCGAUCAAUGGCUUCUUCCUGGGUUUCUCGGUUGCCUCUGGCAGUGCUGCUGCUCGUGGCCUGCUCCUCCUCCACGGCAGCGGCCACCAGCUACACCGUCGGCGACGGGUCCGGCUGGACGACCGGCGUCGAUUACACAUCUUGGGCCGCCUCCAAAAACUUCAAAGUCGGGGACAAUCUGGUGUUCAACUACGCGAAAGGGCUGCACACGGUGGUGGAGGUGAGCGCGGCGGAGUACAUGGCGUGCACGGCGGCCAACCCGCUGGGCUCCGACAGCAGCGGCGCGACCACCGUGGCCCUCAAGACGCCCGGCACCCACUACUUCGUGUGCAGCAUCACGGGGCACUGCGGCGCCGGGAUGAAGCUCGCCGUGACCGUCGGCGGCUCCAACUCCCCUGCCACCACGCCGACCCCGACGACCCCGCGCACGUCCCCGACCACGCCCUACACGACGCCGACGACCCCGACUACCACCACGCCGUACACGACUCCGACCACGCCCUACACGACGCCGACGUGCUCUGGCGGCGGUGGUGGCACCACGGCGACCCCGGGCAUGACUCCGUUCAUGUCAUACCCCAGCGCGGCCGGCCUCGGAUCGGCGGCGUUGGCUGGAUUUGGACUGGUUUGGUGUGUGAUCGUCCAGGUAGCGCUGCUCUACUAGGCACAAGGGCGGUCGACCAGGAUGGGGGCAGAGAUAGGUCAUGUCGCCUGUAAGCUGUAACGCACUACUGAUGUGUUUGUUCUUUGUUCCGGAUCGAGCUAGCUGGGGUAUAGUGUACUUGGAUGAAGGAAACUGGUGUCUCUGCUCCGCUGUGAAUCGCAGGUGCAAGUCAAUUUCCUUGAGCCAAUCGAAUUGUCCCGCAUGUGCAAGUGCAA